AUGAAUAGAAUCCCUCCCUCCCCUCCCUCUUGCGUCUUAUCUUCCCCCCCUCCCUCUUGCGUCUUAUCUUCCCCCCCCUGCCUCUUGCGUCUUAUCUUCCCCCCUGCCUCUUGCGUCUUAUCUUCCCCCCCCUCCCUCUUGCGUCUUAUCUUCCCCCCCCUCCCUCCCCUCCCCCCCUCUUGCGUCUUAUCUUCCCCCCCUCUUGCGUCUUAUCUUCCCCCCCCCUCUUGCGUCUUAUCCCCCCUCCCUCUUGCGUCUUAUCUUCCCCCCUCCCUCUUGCGUCUUAUCUUCCCCCCUCCCCUUGCGUCUUAUCUUCCCCCCUCCCCUUGCGUCUUAUCUUCCCCCCCCCUCCCCUUUGCGUCUUAUCUUCCCCCCUCCCCCUUGCGUCUUAUCUUUCCCCCCACUUGCGUCUUAUCUUGCUCCCUCCCUCCCUCUUGCGUCUUAUCUUGCUCCUCCCUCCCUCUUGCAUCUUAUCUUGCUCCCUCCCUCAUUGCUGACUCUUGUUGCUUACUGUCUCGUCCUUGCUCUCUCAUCCUCUCAUUGCAGUUUCCAUUCUCUCUUGCUCAUUCAUUCUAUCUCCCUCUCUCUCUCCCUGCUUACUUAAUCACUCUGUUGUCACUCUCUCUCCCUCUUGUCGGAUAA